UUUCUAUGGAUACGCAUGUCAUGAUGAUGGCUUUCUUUAAGACUCUCUCCUGUCUCUUGUUCCUCCUUCUCUCUCCCUCUCUCUCGAUGGCGGCCUUACCUAGUGAGGCUCAAAUGAGAGAAGCAGGCAACCGUCUCUCUGAAAAAUUCCGGCAGCUGAGAACAAAUGGACUGGGAGUUGAUUACAUGAAAGAUCAGUAUCAGUCAGCUUCAGUCCAGUAUUCUACCGUUGAAGAGGACACUUCAUUGCUUUAUGACGACAUAUUUCUUGCUGCUAAUCCUGAGAGACUGGUCAGCCAUCACCUGAAUAGGGUAUUGAAUCAUGAUUACGUUGCUUCAGCUGAUACCAGUUCACCAAUACCUAAUUGCUGCAGUAAUGAUGCUCAUUGCUGCUAUAACUGUGAUGCAGCUAAUAAUUCCAUAGCUAGAAGUUUAUACAGCCAAAUCUCUUCCCGAAGACAUUUCUCUGUAUCAAGCGUAGAGAUACAAUUAGGACUUAAGGACGGAGAACUCAUUGAGUUUCCAAGAGUAUCGUCAAAUUCCACAGAAAACUGCCCUAGUAUUGAUCCUAGGCUCACUACAUGGUAUACUCGUGCUACUAAUGUGUCUGCAGCUCCUCGCUAUAUUGUAUUGUUUUUGAAUCUUAAUGGAGCCAGUAAUGCCACCAUUUUAAAGGAAGCUGCAAUGAAACUGAUCAUGUCUCUUACAGACUCUGACAUGAUAUCAGUGCUUAUAGUGAAUAGUGAUAGACAGAGGCUAUGUCCAACUUCAUUUUCACACGUAACAGAAUCACAGAAAUGGAUACUAUCAGGAAUAAUAGAGAAUGAAUUACUAGGCACUAUUCCAAGAAGCUAUUCUAGUGCAUUUCAAAUGGUCCAAGGAUUAUUUGCUGCAGCUUGUGAUUCAAAUUGCAGCAAUUCGACCAAAAAACUUCUCAUUAUGUUAACUAACAGUUCCCUUGAUGAUUUUGACGGAGCAAGAUUUAGCAACAACACUGAUUUUACUAUAAUCCCUUACGCCUUACACGUUAUUUCAAACUCUAGUUCAUUGGGUCCUUCUUAUAAUAAUGUAUUGGAUAUUGGGAAUUAUUAUACACCAUUCAUAAUGUCAGGCUCCGUCUCAACUAGUAAUAUUCUAUCAUCUGAUUUCAAUUCACAAGGAGUUCUUUGUCUCACGCUCUCUCGUAAUAUCAUAUUAUCAGACAUGUUUAGGGGCGUGUUAACAAUGCGGAUGCCAUGGCAACAGUUGUUUAUUGGGAUAGAAAUGAGCGUGGUUGAUCGACCUUCGUCUUACUACAUGGUACUCCAAGGAAAUGGUCGUAUUAUGUAUCACAGUAGAUAUCCUACUACUUAUGUUUAUGAUAUUGACCCCACCACCAUUGAAAAUAAUGAAGCAUUUCCAACCAUCUUGAGUGCCAUUUUGAAUGGUCAAAAUGAAUCCUUACCAUUCAAUAAUACAUUGUUAUACUCUAAUAAUAAUCAAAGUUAUUUCACUCGUACUGUUCCUUCUACCUAUUACUGCUGGGAGGUCCUUGAUGAUCUGUUGUUUCUGUCAACUUCCCGAUCCUCUCCUCUUUUAAAUGUAUUUGCUUGUUUGGUGUUGGCUGAUGAGGAUCAGUCAAUUGUUGAUACAUUUAGAGAAUUUGAUAUUUCUGAUUCAUACAGUCAAAGAUCAGUCCCUAUCUAUCAAGAUUUACUUGAUGACUCAUCAACUGAUAGUUGUACCGAGUACUGUCAAUAUACUUCUCGUAAUUCAUUAACACUCCAACUGACCACGCCUCUAACCCCGCCUACCUCAUCAAGAACCUUCCAAGAGUACAUCAGUGGUUCAAUGAAUUCAUCAUACGAUGAUGAGGCUAGCGGCAUAGCUGAAGCAGUGUCUGUCCAUUCUCGUGUUGAGAGGGUGUGGCUUAGAUACUCUUACCCGUCAAUAAUUAGACGUUAUUUGACCACACCCACUGGUAUAUUUUUAAGUUAUCGUGGUCUACAGUUAUCUGAUGAGUUUGAUCCUAAAGGACUUCCUUCUUAUAUUUCUGCUAUCACUAACGAUAAUGUCCUCUCACUCACUCCAGCAUUUACUGAUCCAUUGUUUCCUGAAUUAGGUACUUUACUCUACAGCAUCAGUGAAUCCGUUCGACUAUCAAUAGGAGAUAGAAAUCCACUUUUCAGUGUCUUAUCUGCUGACGUCAGCAUGAGCUCCUUAAAAGGAGAUGUGGAGACGUCACUUUGGAGUAGGUUUUGUGGAGUCAGCAAUAGAGAGUGUACAGUGAUUACAAGUGAUGGGUACUUUGUUUUGUUACCAAAUACAGUUACAUCACCUCUUCAUAUUACAGAACACAGCGAUUAUGAUGGCAUUACAUUAUCAAUGAUUAACAAUGGGGCAUUAGUGAAGACCGGUUGUAAUAAUAUCAAUGACUUCAGCAUCAGUCAUGAUAGAUUCUAUUAUGUUAACAUUUCUUCCCCUGGUUGCUACAUUACUGAUUUUGGCUGCAGAGAUUUUUGUAUUCAUUCCAUUUCGGGUACUACUGGCUAUCUCAUCGUGUCAUCAUUAAAAUCAACUUGUUUAACUUCUGCUUCCUCACAAUGCAGGGCUGGGCAAACUCUGUGUCAGUUCUGUGAUACUUUUACUAAUAGCUUAGAGUGCCCCUGCACUUGUAGGACUUCAGCAUGUAACAAUACCACCUACAAUCUUCCUGUCUGUCCUAUGAAAUUGGCUCCAGUCACUUAUAGAAGAGCUGCCAGGAAUCCAGUCAUUCGAGAUAAUGUUAUGAGCUGUCCUCAAACUUGUGCCAAUCAAAAUAGAUUUACAUGUAACCCGUUAUCCUGUAUCUGGUGUACUGAACAGAAUUCUUGUCUACCACUUAAAAAUGAUUCAAACUGCUGCCGCAAUGCAUCAGUAUCAUCUUGCUUUAGAGACUCAUGCCCCCCUCCAUCUUCUCCUAGUCCCUCUCCUAGUGGUGCUUCCCUUCGGACCAUAGCUUCCCUUCCAAUCAUAAUAGGAUCAAUAUUUGGACUAGUAACAGUUUCCUUAUUUGGAAGCACUCAUUUCUAGAUUAUGUGGAGCCCUCCUCAUGUUAAUUGUAUCUUUGCAAUUCCUCAUCAAUAUUAGUUUAAAGAUACAGUAACUGUAGAGCUGACACAAAAUCAUCAUCAAUAAUAAAACUUAUAAUUAAAAGACAUGAAACUUGAUUCAGUAUAAUGCAUUAUGAUGUGUUCUCUAUUAUUUUAAUUACUUACUAUCUUAAUGAUUAAUAUUACAUGUACAUACAGUACAUGUUGUAGUGAAAUAAAUUCUGUUAUGACUGUAA